CGGGGUGUCGCGCAGGCACUGCCGCCGGGCGCGCCGAGAAGCCAACAGCGUCCCCGACAGGAGCGGCGGCGAACUGCCGAGAUGUGAAUGCAAAGAAGGACUUAGGAAAUAACAAAGAUGCUUUGGAGCUGCGCCUGUGUGAUUCCACUACUUACUUUGUAUCUCAUGGGGAACAUGGGUCCCAUGUCUGGUGUUUUACACGCGUUGCCUGAUGACGCUUGCAGCUUCAACCUGACCUUAAGAAAUUUCCAGCCAAUUUUAUCAUGGGAAGUGAAAAACCGUUCCAUUGUACCAACUCACUAUACGUUGUCCUACACGUACAUGAGUAAAGGAGAAGAUAUGAAGACUGUCCCCAGCUGCACGAACAUCACGAGGCCAUCCUGUGACCUCACGCACGAGUGGGGAAGCACGGCCGAGAUGUAUGUCACCAGGGUCGUGGGACUCCGAGGGGACACAGAGCUGGUCAGCUGUUCCGGCACUAUCUUCCCAGACACGGACAUGUCUCUGGAACCCCCAGACUUUCAGAUUGUUGGCUUUGUGGACCACAUUAACGUGAUGCUGAAAUUUCCACCCACCUUGCCCAAGGUACCGGAUGAGGAAGGACUGUGGCGUUACUUGUCGCUCGUCAUCGAAGAGGUCUCCGGGGGGAUUGUGAAGCAGCAUAACCUCAAAAUCAAUGAAAACACCGUCGGAGAUUUCACCUAUGUCAUCAACAAGUUAAUUCCAAACACCAACUACUGUGUCUCUGUUUAUUUUGAACCUAUGGAUCUACGUACAAUAAAUAGAUCUCCCUUGAAAUGUACCCAUCUUCAGCCUGAACAGGGAUCAGAGUCAUCAGAAUCUGCCAAAAUAGGAAAAUUGAUGAUGACUGUGUUUUUACUCUCAGCUGUGUGCAUAAGCGCAGGAGUAGCCCUGAAACGGAUCGGGUACAUAUGCUUGCAGAGCAAGUUACCGACAGUGUUGAAAUUUGAUAACUCACCGGCCUGGGUCGGCCUGGUGCUGCCGCCCCUGGAGGCCGUGGCCAUGUUGGAGGUCAUUCACGUCAACAGAAAGAAGAAAGUGUGGGAUUACAACUACGAUGACGAGAGUGACAGCGACACUGAAGUCGUGCCCCGAGCCAGCGUGGGGGGCUAUACCAUGCACGGACUGAAAGUCAGGCCUCUGUGCCCCACGUCCACUUCCUCCUCGGCCACCCUGGAGGACGGCAGCGACCCAGGCGCCCAGGACGCCGAGCUGCCCGAGCCCGAGCCGCCCGCGCCGGAGGCCGAGUCCCAGGCGCUGAUGGCCGCAGGGCCGUGGGAAUGCGCCCGCGGGGCCUGCGAGGUGGGCGGGGCCGGGCUGGGGGACCCCUUUCCCGAGGAGGACAGCAACUCUACCGAGAACUCUGGGGACAGAAUUUUCUUCAAUGUGGACUUGAACUCUGUGUUCGUGAGGGUCCUCGACGACGAUGACUCGGAAGUCCCUCCAGUGUUCGCUCUUCCAGAAGAGACAGCCGACUCGGAGGAACCCCACGAAAUGGAGCCGGGCUUCCCGUGGACCCGUGGAGAAGGCACGCGGCCCUGCUUGCCCUGCCCCCCCGCGGAGGGGUUGCAGCCUCCAGAUGCUCCUUUUGAUAAGAGUGACACUUCGAAAUUGGGCGGUGAUGGUUAUAUCAUGAGAUGAACCCCCAAAUAUUGAAUGAACUGACAGCUACUCCUGCCAUCCCCUCGCUGCCCCUGUGGCCUGCAGGUGUUCUCUGGGGGCAGAGUGCCCCCCUUCUUCCUGGUGACCUCACCUGUCACAUUCCAGUGUGGGCCGAGGGGAGGGAAACAGUGUCCUGGUGUCCGUGCGUGUGCAUUUUUUACGUGUUCAAAGUGACAGGCCUUGAAGGGGAAAUGCCCUGUCCUGUGGUCAUGCGUUUAUCAUGUUCUGCCUCAGUUUCCCGAAGGAGCACGGCUCCAUGGCCCAGGACCCUGGGAGUGAUUA